CCUCCCGGCGCGUCCAUGAACUCGGUGUCGCCGGCCGCCGCGCAGUACCGGAGCGGGAGCCCGGAGGACGCGCGCCGCCCCGAGAGCCGCAGGCCGCGGGGCCCCCGACUCCCGGACCCCAGCAGCCUAGGGCCCUCCGGAGCCAGCGCCGCCGCCCUUGGCUGGCCCAGGACCGCCCCUGGGGAGCCAGACGAGGUGGACAAGUUUAAGACGAAGUUCCUGACGGCCUGGAACAACGUCAAGUACGGUUGGGCCGUCAAAAGCCGGACCAGCUUUAGCAAGAUUUCCAGUGUCUACCUCUGUGGCCACCGCUACCGCUUUGAAAGCGAGGGUGACAUCCAGCGUUUCCAGCGGGACUUCAUGUCCCGCCUGUGGCUCACGUACCGCCGGGACUUUCCGCCGCUCGCUGGGGGCUGCCUGACCUCGGACUGCGGCUGGGGAUGCAUGUUACGCAGCGGGCAGAUGCUGCUAGCACAGGGCUUGCUGCUGCACUUUCUGCCCAGAGACUGGACAUGGGCUGAGGGCUCAGGCCUGGGCCCCCCUGAGCUGUCGGGGUCGGCCUCUCCCAGCCGGUACCGUGGCCCUGCCCGCCGGGUGCCCCCGCACUGGGCCCAGUGCACCCCAGAGCUGGAGCAGGAGCACUGGCACCGGCAGAUCGUGUCCUGGUUUGCUGACCACCCCCAGGCCCCCUUUGGUCUACACCGGCUGGUGGAGCUCGGGCAGAGCUCGGGCAAGAAGGCGGGUGACUGGUAUGGACCAUCGCUGGUCGCCCACAUCCUCAGGAAGGCCGUGGAGAGCUGCUCAGAGGUCACCCGCCUGGUGGUGUAUGUUUCUCAGGACUGCACAGUGUACAAGGCGGAUGUGGCACGCCUGGUGGCCAGGCCGGACCCCAAGGCCGAGUGGAAGUCUGUGGUCAUCCUGGUGCCCGUGCGGCUGGGUGGCGAGACUCUCAACCCCGUGUAUGUGCCCUGCGUGAAGGAGCUCCUGCGUUCAGAGCUGUGCCUGGGCAUCAUGGGGGGCAAACCACGGCACUCGCUGUACUUCAUCGGCUACCAGGAUGACUUCCUACUCUACCUGGACCCGCACUACUGCCAGCCCAGCGUGGACGUUAGCCAGGCUGACUUCUCUCUGGAGUCCUUCCAUUGCACCUCGCCCCGCAAGAUGGCCUUCACCAAGAUGGACCCAAGCUGUACCGUGGGGUUUUAUGCUGGAGACAGGAAGGAGUUUGAGACACUCUGCUCGGAGCUGACCAGGGUCCUCAGCUCUUCUUCUGCCACAGAGAGGUACCCCAUGUUCACCCUGGCCGAGGGCCACGCUCAGGACCAUAGCCUGGAUGACCUCUGCUCCCAGCUCUCACAGCCAACGCUUAGGCUGUCUCGCUCAGGGCGGCUCCUCAAGGCCAAACGGCCAAGCUCUGAGGACUUUGUGUUUUUAUAA